GCAACAUACAUUACUUUAUUCUAAUCAACUAAGAGUACCAAAUCUACAACGAGAUAACAAUGCCUGGGCUAUUCAAUUUCCCUACCCCAAGAUUGGGUCCGAUUACCGAUCUCGCUAUCGAUAUCGCCAACUCGGUCAAUGAUAGAAACAUCAAAAUACUAGAACAUCUUUUGAAUAUGAUAAUCAUAGUUGGAAUCGGAAGUGGAUUGAUCAUGAUAAUAUUCAUUUCGGCUCUUCUCGUCGUACAAAUCUAUCGAAUCCUCCGUCCAGAAAACGUGAAGACUGUGAAGAGUAGUCCUCAGUCCCCUGGUCUUCAAGAAGGGGCCGAAUUUGUCGUCGAACGAAAGAAUGGUAUGAGCGUCGUGGGAGUUUCGAAUCUUGAUAAAUUAAAUCAUGGUAAAAUCAUAAUUGAUGAAGCGAAGGAUCAGGAGUCACGUGUAAUUCCUUCCUCUACGCUAGAGAAUACUGAGAUGAAGAAUGAUAGGAGAAAAGCAAAGCGGGAGAUGAGAAAGGCGGAAGAGGAAUACGAGUACCAAAGAUUCAUGGGUAGAUUUUCUACGGAAAGUUUUGCUUCUUUUGUCUGUUCCGAGGAGAAUCGCAGUAUAAAUGAAAAGCGAGCAUAGAUUCUCUAAGAUUUAUCUGGAGAUAUCAAAGCAGAUCAUCGAAUACAUUGUCACAGUUGGUACAAGCUGUUAUUAGUGUGCUUGAUCGGAAGAUUCGCAGUUUUGAGAGGAUUGCCGAGAUUUUGGGAUAUGGUGGAGAAUUCGAUGGCUUGGAUGUGGUUUAAAUUGUUAAACGUUGAUCCAAGAUUGAGUCAAACUCAUUUCAGAUAGUGGGAUUGUAUUAUUGGGUGCGCCAAUAAGAACGGGGGUUAUGUGACGGGGAGUUGAGGCUGAAUUUGAAUUGAAAGCAGAAAUUCACCAAGAUUCAACAUUUUGUUGAUGAUUUCUUUAUUGGAGAUGAUUAUAAUGUAUAAUUAUAGAUAGUUA